AUGUCGAAUGUCGAUUUAUCAAGUGACGGCCUCAUCGUCGAUUAUGACUCGAGAGGUUAUCUUCAACAUACAUGGCCUGUGGCGGUAGACCAACACGCCCCGCGGUCAGAUGAAACUCAUGACCUUUCGCCCCUACAAACCAGCGGUCACCCUCUAGAACAGUCGGUGGGCCAAGAUCCCAACUUGAUGGUCGACUGGCACUAUCACCACCACUUGCAACAUACCCCUCAUCAACAUCAAUUAUCAUAUUCCCCCGAGGACCCAUCGUCAGCGCCGCAAUUUACCACCGCUAGCUAUGGCAUGGCCAUUCAAUCCUCCCCGGUGGAUCUUAUGUCGGCUCCGCAAGGCGGGAUGAGCGCCGGCUUGCUCGAUGGCCCGUAUCUUCCAAUGUCUGCCCCCGUCGACAUGGUGCCUUUUACCUAUCACGACUUUCAAGCCGACCUAAUGACGUUUCCGAAUGGUCUGCCCGAUGUGGCAUACGCGGCCCACCAUCAUCACCAUCAUCCUGUGAUGGAGAGUAGCUCGCCAACGGAUACCUAUCUCGAGGUCCGUUCCCUCUCAAGUAGCGAUAACGGAUGGAGCACGGUGGACCACCGCCGCUCGCUUGAUUUCACUUUCCCCGAGCAAGGGGUCUUCGUCAACCCCACUCAGACUCUUCAUGACCGCAGUCUCUCCGAGUCUUCAUAUUCCACCUCAUACGGUAGCUUUGUUGAUAUCGCCCACCCGAUCAGCUCCCCUGGUUCUGAGAACAACAUGGAUUUGCCCUACACUCACAACGCUGCUCUCAGCUUUGCCAGUACCUCCCCGCCGAGUAACACCUUUAUCCGCCGGGAGGAGUACUCCUCACAAGGUUCCCGUUCCCCAUCUGCCGUGAGCCCCAGUGCCAUGGUACGACCGAUUCCCGUCCCUAUCAAGAAAUCAAACUCGCCUACUCGCUCCAGUGGCUCUCAUACAUCUGCCUCACCACCAAGCCGAAAGCCAUCAAGGAAGAGCCCUAUUGCAGCCAAGACCGCCGAGACCAAGGUUCGCAAGCAAUCACAGACCGGCAAGCCCGAGACUGAGAAGCGUGUUGGUAAGCGAAAGGGUCCUCUCAAGCCCGAUCAGCGUAAGCAGGCUAGCGAGAUACGCAAGCUGCGGGCAUGCCUGCGCUGCAAGUUCUUGAAGAAAACCUGUGAUAAGGGUGAGCCCUGUGCUGGCUGUCAGCCAUCUCACGCUCGGUUAUGGCAAGUGCCUUGCACUCGCAUUGACAUUAAGGAGAUUGGCUACUUCAUGAAGGACUGGAAGGCGGAUUACGAACGUCACAUCACCAUGGGUUUCUCUGUUGGAAAUAUCAAGGGUUUCUCAGACCAGGAACGCACUCUUUUCAUUACUCACGGCUAUGGUCAAAUGAUGCCGAUCAAGGCCCGUGAAGUCUACGUCCGUGACGAGCAGUGCUUCACCAUUGACUGGGUUGAGUCUAUGCAUCGCGAGCCGACGCAGUAUGAGGUGGAGACGGCUAAGCUUUCCGCUGGUAUGGAAGGUAUCUCACAUGCCAUGCUGUCUGAUUACCUCGACCGCCACAUCGAUGGUAACGGCACAUUUGAGAAGUUUGUUGAUGACUACUUUGAGGGUACUCCCUUCUUGACCCAAAUGCUGAAGACUGCUUUCCGAUACUACUACCGCACCAAGCUACCGGUCAUUCGGAAAGCAUUGAAGCUGAUCAUUGCCUACAACCUGACCCUCCAUGUCACCAUGGUUGAAGGGUUGGGUGCUGAGGAAGACUUCAUUGGUCGUAUCGGGGCGUCUUCAAAAUUCCGGGGCAAGACCAUGGCCCCUGUGAUGAUCAACUUCCAGAUCAAGUGCGCUAUGGCUAGCAUGUGGCGUGAGCUGCAGAAGGAUGUUCUGGAGGAGCUUUCUGCUCUGUACUCGAGUGUCUACAGCGGUGAGAAGCUCAAGAACUGGCCCACGAUCUUCAUCCUGGCCUCCAUCCUGUUGGCUGUUUGGGAGGAGAUGCAAUUCGACUGCCACUACCGAACUCCCGAUCAGGCUGCUGUGGACAAGUUCUGCACUGAUAUGGAGACCACUCCAGUUGGGGUUAUCGUGGGACUGUUCCAGGCUAUCUCACAGAAGCUGCCUCCUUUCACAGAGUGGGACUCCCAGAAGCACCACCACCUGCUAUACUCCAACCCAGAUGUCUGCAACACAAUGACCGAAGUUCGACAACAUGUGGAACAACACGAAAACUACCUCCGCAGCCGGACCGGCUCCGGUUUCAACCGUGAUGAUUUUGAUUGCUUGUCCAACAAAUUCAUUUCUCGCCUUGUUAUUCGCGCUAACUAA